GCUGCGGAGCCCUAGCCGGAGCCGGGCGAGGGCGGCUGCGGUCCCGGCGGCGGCGGCGGCAGCUGCGGCGGCGGCGGCGGGAGAAGAUGGUGGCGCUGGAGGUAGGAGCGCCUGGAGCGGAGCUUUAUUCCCAGGCUUGGCACCGGCGCUGUCAUUAGCGCCGCCUGCUCCCGCGGGCCCGCGGACCCGCAGACCCAGCUGUCAGGCAAGCCGGGUGAGACAAAAUGAGAGUGCAGUGAGCCGCCCAGCCUCUCUCCCAGCCGUCCCCGACGCCCACCAUGAACCACUUGGAGGGGGCCGCGGAGGCGGAGGUGACCGACGAGGCGGCAGGCGGGGAGGUGAACGAGUCGGUGGAGGCCGACCUGGAGCGCCCCGAGGUGGAAGAGGAGCAGCCGCAGCAGCCGCAGCCGCAGCAGCAGCACUAUGCGGGCCGGGCCCCGCGCGGGCGCGCCGUCGAGGACCUCGGCACCCAGCCUGGGCCGCAGGAGGACGAAGAGCGCGGGGACUGCCUGGCGCGCUCGGCCAGCACGGAGAGCGGCUUCCACAACCACACGGACACGGCUGAGGGCGACGUGAUCGCCGCGGCCCGCGACGGCUACGACCCGGAGCGCGGGCAGGACCCGGAGGACGAGAGCGCCUACGCCGUGCAGUACAGACCCGAGGCCGAGGAGUACACGGAGCAGGCGGAGGCCGAGCACGCCGAGGCCACGCACCGCCGCGCGCUGCCCAACCACCUGCACUUCCACUCGCUGGAGCACGAGGAGGCCAUGAACGCGGCCUAUUCGGGCUACGUCUACACGCACCGGCUCUUCCACCGCGGCGAGGACGAGCCGUAUGCCGAGCCCUACGCCGACUACGGGGGCCUCCAGGAGCACGUGUACGAGGAGAUCGGGGACGCACCCGAGCUGGACGCGCGCGACGAGGGUCUGCGGCUGUACGAGGAGGAGCACGACGAGGCGGCAGCGUACCGCCAAGAGGCCCUGGGCGCGCGGCUGCACCACUACGACGAGCGCUCGGACGGCGAGUCGGACAGCCCCGAAAAGGAGGCCGAGUUCGCUCCCUACCCGCGCAUGGACAGCUAUGAGCAGGAGGAGGACAUCGACCAGAUCGUGGCGGAGGUCAAACAGAGCAUGAGCUCUCAGAGUCUUGACAAAGCGGCUGAGGACAUGCCGGAGGCCGAGCAGGACCUGGAGCGUGCCUCCACGCCCGGCGGGGGCGGCCCCGACAGCCCCGAGCCGCAAACACCUGCAGGGCAGCAGCGGUCGGCCGGCAGCGCUGGCGGCGAGGCGGUGCAGCGGUACAACAAGGAGAAGAGGGAUGCCAUCUCGCUGGCCAUCAAAGACAUCAAGGAGGCCAUCGAGGAGGUGAAAACCAGGACCAUCCGUUCGCCUUAUACCCCCGACGAGCCCAAAGAGCCCAUCUGGGUCAUGCGCCAGGAUAUUAGCCCCACCAGAGACUGUGAGGAUCAGAGGCCGGGGGAUGGAGAUUCUCCCUCUCCGGGCAGCGCCUCGCCCCUGGGCGCGGAGUCUUCAAGCACACCCCUUCAUCCCGGUGACCCCACGGACGCCUCCACGAACAAAGAGUCAAGAAAAAGCUUGGCUUCCUUCCCAACCUACGUUGAAGUUCCCGGACCUUGUGACCCUGAAGACUUGAUCGAUGGAAUCAUUUUUGCUGCCAAUUACCUUGGCUCCACCCAGCUGCUCUCAGACAAAACUCCCUCCAAAAACGUGCGCAUGAUGCAGGCCCAGGAAGCAGUGAGCAGGAUCAAGCAGAUGGCCCAGAAAUUAGCCAAAAGCAGGAAGAAGGCUCCCGAAGGCGAAUCUCAGCCAAUGACCGAAGUGGAUCUCUUCAUUUCUACACAGAGAAUCAAAGUAUUGAAUGCUGACACACAGGAGACGAUGAUGGACCACCCUCUGAGGACCAUUUCCUACAUCGCAGACAUCGGGAACAUUGUCGUGCUGAUGGCCCGCAGGCGCAUGCCACGCUCCAACUCCCAGGAGAAUGUGGAAGCCUCCCACCCGUCCCAGGAUGGAAAAAGGCAGUACAAGAUGAUCUGCCACGUCUUCGAGUCUGAGGACGCCCAGCUGAUUGCACAGUCCAUAGGGCAGGCAUUUAGCGUGGCAUACCAGGAAUUCCUCAGGGCCAAUGGGAUUAACCCUGAAGAUCUCAGCCAGAAGGAGUAUAGUGACCUGCUCAACACCCAGGACAUGUACAAUGAUGACCUGAUCCACUUCUCCAAGUCGGAAAACUGCAAAGAUGUGUUCAUAGAGAAGCAGAAGGGAGAAAUCCUAGGCGUGGUGAUCGUCGAGUCUGGCUGGGGCUCCAUCUUGCCGACCGUGAUCAUAGCCAACAUGAUGCACGGAGGGCCUGCCGAGAAGUCGGGGAAGCUGAACAUCGGGGACCAGAUCAUGUCCAUCAAUGGCACCAGCCUGGUGGGGCUGCCUCUGUCCACCUGCCAGAGCAUUAUUAAGGGCUUGAAGAACCAGGCCCGCGUAAAGCUGAACAUCGUGAGGUGCCCUCCGGUGACCACCGUGCUGAUCAGGCGGCCAGACCUUCGCUACCAGCUGGGUUUCAGCGUCCAGAACGGAAUCAUCUGCAGCCUCAUGCGAGGCGGGAUAGCAGAGAGGGGAGGCGUCCGCGUGGGACACCGGAUCAUCGAAAUCAACGGGCAGAGCGUGGUCGCCACCCCGCACGAGAAGAUUGUCCACAUCCUCUCCAACGCCGUGGGGGAGAUACACAUGAAGACGAUGCCAGCUGCCAUGUACCGACUGCUGACGGCCCAGGAGCAGCCUGUUUACAUCUGAGCCGUGCCCCCGAGGGCGCAUGCAUGGAGGACUCUCCUCACUCGUGGUUGUGUUUCUCGUUCUGCAUCCGUGUGCCCAGAGACGUUUCCCUCUCACGCCCAUACUCUGUGUACCCGGGAAGGAAAGCAUCUGUAAAGAGCUCUUUGCUCUUUCUCUCCAGUUUGCUUUUUUUUUUUCAAUACCAGGGAAGUUUGGUAUGCACUCCCUCGAAGAUGGAGAGCAGCCAGUCUCCACCUGGUCAGCGCCCAGGACUGGACUGUCCUGAUGGGCCCUCAUGGGGCCUAAGGAGGACUGUCACUGCCCAAGGGGACCUCCUCCCUUCCCAAGGGGCACAGACCUCUUAGAAGGAGCUCUGAGGGACAGCAACGCAGCUGAUUCAGCAGUGCCUACAGUUCAGUCACUGGUCUCUGCUCUCCUCCAGUCGGUUUGUGGGAAUCUGGCAGUAACAGGGGGCCAGCCAGUGUCUUUGAGGAUAGGCCCUACCCACCCUUAACUUAGGACACCAUUUGUUAUUUCUGCCCAGAAUUUCUGAGCCAACCAAGGCCUCUUCUAUAGCUAGCUUUAAUUUCAACAUAAUUGUAUUUUCUAAUAGGAGCCUCCUCACCCCAGGACAGAAGGGGAACUGCCUUGGACAAGGAACUCUUGUUUGUUGGCGAUUCCUGGGACAUCCCCCACUUCUCCAGGUUGUCCCAAGGUUAUGCACCGUUAGAUGAGCAUGGGCAGCUGCCAUCUGCCUCCAUCCGAGUCGCACACCCAUAUGCACACACAGUCUUGUUUGCAUAUAGAUCACCCUUCCCUCCUCGCUACCACCCGGGAAGUACACAGAGCCCCUGGAGAGCCCACAUUACCUCUCUGUGCGGCCCCUGCCCUGGCUGGUGAGACCUGCAGGGGCUGGUCAAUUCUGUCCCGAGAGAGAUGCCCCUUCUGUGGCUGAGGUCUGGCCCUGUUGGCACCACCUUGGCUCAAAGUGUUCUAGUGGGCUCCCCUCGUGCCCCCCCACCACACACACACACACACACACACACACACACACACACUCAUACAGGGAGUCCGAGAGAGUUGGACUGCUCACCGGGAAGACAAGGACGCAGGUGCAUUCAUGUUACAUUUUCUUCUCUGCUCAGGGCCACUAGGCAGGAUAUGAUGUUGGAAAGGCCAGAAGAGUCCAUAAACCACAAAACUUAGGGGACAGUAAUGACCUCAAGCUAUGCCUAAGAAUCCCCAAAUGUGUUCCAGAAACAUCAUCUUGCCUCGUGGGUCCGAGAAUUUAAUUGGUGUGGAGUAUUACGUGUUUUUAUCAGGUGCCUCGUGUUUCUGGGUUCUGUCUUGGCUCAGUACAAACAUUUUAGUUAUUCUGAGCCAGUUUUUACUUAUUCUUUGGUCCAAAGAGCAUUUUGUUUCAUGGGGAUGGGGUGUGGCUUGGUUUGGUUUUUGUUUUGUUUCGUUCAUAACCUCAGCAGAGACAGGGAAAGAGAAACUAAUAUAUUUUAUAAUAUUAAUAUAGUCCCUGCUCUCUGCACUUGGGAUAUUUGUGUUGUGUUUGUGGAAACAGGAGUUUGGUGAGCACACGUUGGGUUGUGUGUACUCCCAGAUGGAGUGGAGGGGUUUCAUAGGGGAGAAGAGGGAAUACAGAGAUCAGGGACAGGAGACGCGCACCAGAGAGCUGUGUGCGGCCCCCUCCCCCGGGACCUCUGCACCUUCUGAGUUUUCUGCUCAGAGCCGGGGAACCUAGAGUCUCAAAGGCCUCAACGCCGAACUCCCGAUGUGCGGUACAAGCAGCCCUGGGGGAUCGUGGCCACGCUGCCCGAAUAUCCUCUCAGGGAAGGGUCUCCUCUUCUGCGGGGGAGCCAGGUGGGCAGGCAGGAACCACAGCUCCAGGUUCUCCAUUCACCAAACUGCGGAGUGUCCAAUAAUACAAUUAAAUACUAAAGAGUCAUAGGUUCAUCUUUCCUCCGCCAAAGAGAGGGAGUGGCUAAGACAUGGCAGCAGUGUGACUGGUGGCAUUUCAGGCCUCGGGAUCCUUGGGAAAUCCUUGGAGGGCUCAAGCCUGUCUGCCCCCGGGGUGACUGCCCAGCCAGCAGCCUGCCCCAGAGUGGCCGGGGGCGGGAACUCCACCAGCACAUCCCUGUGUGGCCUCCCCGGUGAGCACAGUGCAGUGUCUUCACCCGAAGGAGCGAGGAGAGAAUAUGUUUCCUUUGCUAUCACACAGAAAUCUUAGAAAGUUUGACAGGUGCUGGAAAAGCCAAUUUGAUAGGCUCUUCUGGAGGACUAGCAUUUUAGCCUAAGAGUAAGAUUAUGUACCCACCACAUCCCUUCCUGUUACCAUGCGUGGCUCCUCGCAGCCAGAGAGCACGUGUUUGUGGAGCUCAGCACAGUCACACAGCUGAAGUGCAUUCCUUUCCCUCUGCUCCCACUGGAGGAAGUUAACCCAGCUUUGGUUAACCAAGGAGGCAGGCUCUUAAAUGUUAGUACCUGAUGGUGACGGUCCUGCGGGGAGUGGUGGUCACUACCCCUUGACACCCCUACCUGUGUAGCUAUACCUGUCAAUAUCUGAGUUCCCCAUGCAGUGGGGCAGACAGUGUACAGAGUGUCCCAAACGUGGCCUGGGCGAAAGCCACUCUUGCUGCUUGGUUAGGAUAUGCUGGUGACUCAGCUCUGGGGACAGAUUCACCUCUCCCUCCUGGUCUGACCAGGGCGCACCAGACCCCACCCCACCUCCGCCUUCUCAGACGCGAGCAUUUCAGGGAGCCGCCGUCAGCCUCAGGUUCCCGAGUGUAAGGAACACCCCGGAGGCCAAUGCCUGGAGCCCACUCCCCUCACCAGAGCGGGCUCCGGGGGUCCUGGGCCCACCCUGGGGCUGGACUCCGAGGCCCUACAGACGGCGCUGCUUUGAGAACAUCAUCCAUCCACACCGGCCUCUGAUGGUCCCAGAGUAACCUACUACCUCCCCCAUCGCUCCUGUCAGCCCCAUGCCCCAUCUGCACACUGAUGAAACCCACCCACCAACCAUUCUUGGGUCCCUCAACCAGGGGUGUGGCCAUGACCAAUGUUUACAACCAAGGCCACUUCCCCUUAGAUGUGUUUACGCUCUCGCUCACAAGGCAGGCCACGCGCAGGUGUGAGUGGGGCUGCUCCCGCCCUGGCGUGGCCGACUUGCACACACACACACACACACACACACACACACAUGCAACCCUGAAUCUCCGCCCCCUCCACGCAGGCAGCGCCGAAGGACCGUGUGGGAAGGAAGUUUCUUGUACAUAGCUCAGCCCCCAGAGUAUGAACUUGUACUAUUGUUCUGUAAAGAAGAUGGAAUAGAGCUUAUUAUAAAGCACUGGGAGACGUAUAGUAUUGUAUUUGUAACAAUAUUGUUCUUUGUAUACACGAAACUCAAUGAUCUCUAUAUAUAAAUAUAAAUAAGUGUAUAAAUAAAGUAUAUAUACGCGCGAGCCUGGAACGUGGCCGCCACCGCACACCCACUGAAUGUACUCCCUCUGACAGUCUGGUCCCUGGCCGCCCUGCCCUCCGUAGCGUUUUGGGGGUUGUGAUGUAUGUAAUGUGUUACCUUUAUUUAACGGAACGCUAAUGUCUGUAAGAGUUGCUGCAACAAUAAA